GCAACAGCACCAUAAUAUUCAGCCAGCAUGCCACCCAGGAAGAGAGCUCCCUCUAUGAGCAGCGGGGAAAGCGACUUUGAGCAGUUCGCAAACGGUCGCCGGCCUGUGCAGAUGCGCAAAAGAUGCAACGAGAGAAGCGAUGAUAAUGUGGCGGCUUAUUUUGCCCGGUCUCAAAUCGACAACACACAAGCGAGCGAGGGCGGACGGCUGGUUGACAAUAUUGUCUCGAUUCGGCGAGAUGUCCUGGACGAGCUCAGAUAUCACGCAGAAGAGUCCCACCAGCCAAAAGGCCCAAGACAGUCGGAGGAUACGAUGGGCACUUUGCAUCAGAUACAGGCCUCAGCUGUAGACGCAAAGGAGAAAAUCGAACUUUUCCGGGCGGGCCGCGCACUUUUUAUUGCUAGCGACUGUGCAAUUGUUAGCACCGAAAAGUACGCUGGACGCCUAAAGGAGCUACAACGCACGCACAUUGACGAUUCCGCGUUGGACCAAUGGCAGCAAGACAUUGCCAGUUUGGAGAGAGUCGUAGAUUUUGGCCAUCAGUACGGGAAGCACCUCUCAGAGUGUGCAAUCACUGGGACUAAGCCAUACAAACCGGGAACCAAUGAGGUCGACGAGGAUGGCAUGUUUGCGCUUGAAAUCUUUGAGAAGAGCACAUCCGCGGUUGCCAAAGACAAGAGUUGGGGGAGCUGUGCCAGAAAACACGUCAAAGGCUUGAAAAUGUUGGCAACGCCCACCGCGGAGGAGGGCAGAUCACACACUCCACCUUUGGGUCAGUGA